AUGUAUCUUGCCUCUAUACUUAGUUCUGCCUUGAUCGUUGCUAGCGUUGCACGAUCAACCCCGUCCGGGCAGAGCUGUGUUACGGGAGUUGAACUACCGUUCAAACUUAUUAAUGGCCAUACCCAUAUUGAAACGGUAUCUGUCAAAGGUGGGUUGGAUCUACCGAAGCUGACACCUGGUGUCAAUGCCAGCACAUGGGACUGGUGGUACUUUGACGCGGUUUCGGCUACAGACAACGCAGCAAUCUCAGUUGUCUUGUACAACAUGGCCCCCAACAGCCUGUCGAUCCCAUACCCCGGAGGGCCACUCUUCAUUGCGGUGCGGGUCACGUUCAAGAAUGGUACCAGCAUUGACAAAAGUACUGUUCCGAACCUAGGCGCGGAUUUCCAGAUCAGCGACCGGGGAUUAGCGUCUGAAUGGAGAGGCAAUACCAGUUUGCAUACGUUUACGGGUAGUAGCCUCAACGUCCCCAACCCCAUCUAUACGUUGUCUAUCAAUGAUCCAGGUCGAGGUGUCGUUGGCUCGUUCCAGUUGAAAUCGGUUGCACCGCCUCAUUACCCGUGUCACUUAAACAGGCCUGGUGUUUCAGAGCAACUUUUCCCUAAUAUAUGGUGGGCGAACGCUGUACCAGAUGCAGAAGCCGUUGUUGAUCUGGUCAUCGACGGAGAAAGUUUCCAUCUUCGAGGUAACGGAUACCACGAUAAGAAUUGGGGCUCAGGUUCCUUGGAGGCCAUCACCAAAACCUGGUACUGGGGUCACGGACGUGUCGGUCCAUACUCGCUCGUGUGGUUCGACGCUGUAGAUAAGUCUGGAAAAGAGUACUUCUCGUCGUGGAUCACCAAAGGGGAUAAGGUGCUCACCCAGAGCUGCGCGUGCCAUAGUGUCACUGUCAGACCCUGGGGCAAGAAUAGUCAGUACCCGCCUAUACCAGGCCUGGCCGGGCCAUCUGGGUUCAACAUACGCUAUGAUAUGGGAAACGGGAAGGCAUUUACAGCCAACUUCACCCAUGGAGCUACCCAGUUGGAUACAGCUAACUAUCAGAGAUUCACUGGGCCGAUUACUGGGGGAAUCGAGGGUAAGAAGAAACAUAAGGGGACGGCAUUGUGUGAGCAGUUUAAAUAUUAG